AUGCGAAAAUAUUUAACUCAGUCCUGUCAAAAAAGUUCCGGCGUCCCGGAGUCCCACAGUCCUGCAGUCCCACAGUCUCGCAGUCCAGCAGUUCAGCGGUCCUGCAGCGCCCAGAAUCGGAAUGAUUCUCUGAGUUGGACUGGAAUCUCUGAGUCUGAGAAUCACGGAAGCCUGAAUUCUCAAAUUUCGAAAAUAUUGAAUUCAAUCCAAUCUAAAAAGUCCCGUGGUCCCACAGUCCAGCAGUCCUACAGUCCCGCUGUCCCGCUGUCCCGCUGUUCCGCUGUUCCGCUGUUCCGCUGUUCCGCUGUCCCGCUGUCCCGUUGUCCCGCUGUCCCGCUGUCCCGCUGUCCCGCUGUCCCGCUGUCCCGCUGUCCCGCUGUCCCGCUGUCCCGCUGUCCCGCUGUCCCGCUGUCCCGCUGUCCCGCUGUCCCGCUGUCCCGCUGUCCCGCUGUCCCGCUGUCCCGCUGUCCCGCUGUCCCGCUGUCCCGCUGUCCCGCUGUCCCGCUGUCCCGCUGUCCCGCUGUCCCGCUGUCCCGCUGUCCCGCUGUCCCGCUGUCCCGCUGUCCCGCUGUCCCGCUGUCCCGCUGUCCCGCUGUCCCGCUGUCCCGCUGUCCCGCUGUCCCGCUGUCCCGCUGUCCCGCUGUCCCGCUGUCCCGCUGUCCCGCUGUCCCGCUGUCCCGCUGUCCCGCUGUCCCGCUGUCCCGCUAUCUCGCUUUCCCGGAAUCUUAG